AUGGGAGCCAAGAUACUGCAACAGGUGGGGAACAAAAUUGGAAAGUUGUUAACGGUUGAUACAUGCACAUCUUCAACAACAAGAGGGAGAUAUGCACGAUUAUGUGUUGAGGUACCGUUAGAACAACCAUUAAAGACUCAUAUUUACAUUGGCAAUCACAAACAAAUUAUUCUGUAUGAGGUAUUAAAUUUACUAUGUACAAAAUGUGGUCGAAUCGGCCACAAUCAAAGAGUUUGUACGUACAUAUCUAAGGAAAACAAAACUGAUAUCCCCUUGAUGAAUCAGCCUAGAUUCACUAAUCCUAGUUCUACUACUACAGCUACAAAUACACAAAAAACAGCUGCAUGGAAGACUGUGGAAUUUCCUAAGAAGCAAUCUAGAAAAUUGACUUCCUACAAUGGCAAUCCUAACCAGGGAACUCCAGAUUUGCCAGCAAAUCACACGCAUCACGCAGGUAUGCAUGGUAAGGAUCCCAGGUUACUAAUUACACCUAAUACGUUACCUUUUACGAAAUUGUCUAUUAAUCAUCGUAACUCUUCUGCUAAUACAACAUACCCUCUUAACGCUAAUACAUUUGCUCAACUAGUACAAACUGUAACUAAUGAUGGUUACUUGUUAAAUAAUCAACCGACAAAUACUAGUCAACCUCUUUCAACAAACACUCGAGUACAAUUACCUACAACUACUACCUCAGCCCAAAUGCAAGAUUGGCACACAACCACACCUAUCAAAACACAUGCAAUAAGCCACUUAGCCAAUCCCCACAUGCAAGGAAUGUCGUCUUCCACUACCACUACUCACUCAGUUAUAACACCAAUUUCACAACAACAAAGAACCAUUACAGACAAAACUGCUCAAAUCGCCUUAAAGAGUGCAAUAUCCACGUCCAAAAACCCUACCCUAUCUUCCAUGCAAAUAGGGCAUCAUGACAAUCCUACUGUGUUCUCUACAGCUCCGUCAAACAAAGAAGCUACAUCUUCAUCAAUCACACCGCCUAACUCCACCACUCACAUUGUUGCGUCAAAAAUUCAAUGUCAAAAUCCUGGACAUAUUAAAUAG